AGGAGUAUCAAAAGAAGUUAGUCCAAGUAGCAUUGCUUCACAGUAUCGAUAUGGUUUCAAUGAGUGUAUCAGCAAGGUAUCCCAAUUCUUCAGUGAAAUUGAUGAUUCUCAUCUUGGGAUGCGCUCUCGAUUGAUGAAUCAUCUUGUAACAACUUUUAACAGCGCUACAGGUCCACCAGCUAAACGUCAACAGCAAUCCAGGGCAGCACCAUAUCAACAACCAGUCCAAAUUCACUUACAACCUUGUGAAACGCAUCUUACUACGCGUGAAUCGCGAUAUUCUCAUCGGCAGUUAUUGCAAUCAAGUCAAGGCUCUCAUCCAGGAACAAUUAUUGGCGUGAUUUCACAAGUGAUCGAACCUCAACCAAUAAGCGCAACACAUCACGUCACUGCAAUGACCAGUGUAGCUAGGAUUGUUUCGGGAAUCCCUAUUGGUUUCACAAGUCCAAUAACACCAGGGGAAGUUUCACUGGUGCUACCUCAACAUUCAAUCUCUUCCGCAGGUCUUCAGACUCAUUUAAUACCGGUACCAGUUUACGCCGGAGGAAUGUCUGGUCUUUCUUCAAAUUUUACCUCUAUGCGUGUUGCGUCAUCGGUUAUUCCAGUAAGCGAACCGAGAAUCCAGUCUGAAGCAGCUUCUGAAUCUGAAUCAGAUUCGAUAAUGAUGCCAACGAGAGUUAUAUCAGAUUUCAGUCAUGUUCUUCAUGAAUCGUCUUCUAGAGGAAAUUCUUCUGAUGUGCAAUCAGAUGAUAACCAUUCCGUUCACGAAGCUGCAGAAAUGCAGCAGAUAGAAAAUGAAAAUGUCGGCGUCGAUCCUAUGUGGAGACCCUGGUGAGGUUAAGAAAGAACCUAGUUUACCUAGUUUAUAUGGCAUGGUUAACUAUAAGAUAUGGUACGCCUCCUUGUAAAAUAUUAGUAAAUGUUUUAAAAGCAACCGAUCCGAAUACCGUACUGUAGUAUAUACAAUUAAAUUCCUGUUUAGGGCCAAUAGUAUUAUUAAUCUAUGUAAUUGUUUUUGCAGUGUGGAUAAUGACAAUUAACCACCAGGAUUGGUUCAAAUUUACGUUACGUUGAAUAAUGGCAUAAUACUGUACUAUAAUUAAUAAUAAAUCAGACGUUUUUACCGCGCCAAUUCAGAAAUUAUCAAAGGCGCAAGAUUCUUCUUAAAUAAAACUAAAUUUGCAGACUGUUUAACAGAAAUGGGUAACUGGUUCCAGGGAAGGGUGCCUGAACAGAAAAUGAACGUUGACCAUACUUACAGAAGGUGUUUUGUCAGUAGAACGGAAUGCACGUGACUGAACAUAGGGCGUUAGAAACUCGAUACAGUAUUCUACGUUCACAUGAAUUUGAAAAAUGAAGCCGUAUGGAUAUCAGUUGAAAAUUGUUCCACUUUUCGUUUUAAUGUUCCACGCAAAAUGUUUAGAUGAGUCUGUUACACAACACUUAUAAUUAAAAACAUAUUUUUUGUCAAGACUAUGACUUUUCCAACAGGCGAAGUAUCCGACUUCUCAUCUUGUUACUACUAGACCUACUCAGUGGCGUAUAUCUAGAAGUCUUGAAUUGGAGGUGGCUGAUGGUGAAGUGGGGGAGGGGGCUC